GGGCUGGGGGGAGGGGGUAAUCCCUCCUCCCCACCCCCGCCCAGGAGUGACCCAGGCGCCGCGCCGGCCUCCUUCCUGCACCUCGCCAGCCCCGCAGCCGCGGGAGGACGGGGCGCGGCUUCCCGAGAGCCGGGCUCGGUUCGCCCGGCGGCGGCAGCUGCUGCGCCCUGGGGGCGGGGAGCGGGCGCUGAGGGGCCUGGAGCGGAGCGGCGGCGGGAGCCCCGGCCUGGCAGCGCGGCUUCAAGUUUCCACCGGCGCGUGGUUGUGCAACCGCCAGAGGAGCGGGAGCCGCGGGCGCCUCGGAAAACAAGCCGAGCCCAUAAACAAAGCCACGUGGGCUCGGGCGGGGGGGCCGGGCCAGGAGCAGGCGGCUCUUCCGGCAACAAAGGGCCGGAGCCAGCGGCCCGGGAUAAAUACUGCGGCCGCGCUGGCCGCGCAGCACUCCCGCCGGCCCCGCGCGCCCUGCGACCCUCCCCAGCGCCGCGCCCUCUGCGAGCACAGGACCCGGCUCCGCAGCUCCGAGCCCUCCACGCCGCUUCCCUGCAGCCGCGUCCUCGCCGACCCCGGCCCCCGGAGCACCCGCCUGGGGCGACAGUUCCCCGAGGCCGUCCAGCCGGUACGGUCCAUCAGUCCGUCGAGUCCGUCGCGUCGUCCCCGGUGCCAUGCCAUUCCUCGGGCAGGACUGGCGGUCCCCCGGGCAGAGCUGGGUGAAGACGGCCGACGGCUGGAAGCGCUUCCUGGAUGAGAAGAGCGGCAGCUUCGUGAGCGACCUCAGCAGUUACUGCAACAAGGAAGUCUACAACAAGGAGAAUCUUUUCAACAGCCUGAACUAUGAUGUUGCAGCCAAGAAGAGAAAGAAGGACAUGCUGAACAGCAAAACCAAAACUCAGUAUUUCCACCAAGAAAAAUGGAUCUAUGUUCACAAAGGAAGUACUAAAGAGCGCCAUGGAUAUUGCACUUUGGGGGAAGCUUUCAACAGGCUGGACUUCUCGACGGCCAUUCUGGAUUCCAGAAGGUUUAACUACGUCGUACGGCUGUUGGAACUGAUAGCAAAGUCACAGCUCACGUCCCUGAGCGGCAUCGCCCAAAAGAACUUCAUGAACAUUUUGGAAAAAGUGGUACUGAAAGUCCUCGAAGACCAGCAGAACAUCAGGCUCAUCAGGGAGCUGCUGCAGACCCUCUACACGUCCUUGUGCACGCUGGUGCAGAGAGUCGGCAAGUCUGUGCUGGUCGGGAACAUCAACAUGUGGGUAUACCGGAUGGAGACGAUUCUGCACUGGCAGCAGCAGCUGAACAGUAUCCAAAUCACCCGGCCCGCCUUCAAAGGCCUCACCCUCACCGACCUGCCCCUGUGCCUCCAGCUGAACAUCAUGCAGAGGCUGAGUGACGGGCGCGACCUGGUCAGCCUCGGCCAGGUGGCCCCCGACCUGCACGUGCUCAGUGAGGACCGGCUGCUGUGGAAGAAACUCUGCCAGUACCACUUCUCCGAGCGACAGAUCCGCAAGCGAUUAAUUUUAUCAGACAAAGGACAGCUGGACUGGAAGAAGAUGUAUUUUAAACUUGUGCGCUGUUACCCACGGAAAGAGCAGUACGGAGACACCCUUCAGCUCUGCAGACACUGUCACAUUCUUUCCUGGAAGGGCACUGACCACCCGUGCACAGCCAAUAACCCAGAGAGCUGCUCCGUUUCCCUCUCACCCCAGGACUUUAUCAACUUGUUCAAGUUCUGAAUCCCAGCUCGGGACAACACUUCGAAGGGCUCCCCAGCUGAUCGGAUGGUUGGGAAUACGGAGCUCGGACACUUCCUUUGUAAAUAGUGUACAUUUGAAACGCUGGCUCAGAACUUGUGAGCUAAGUCACUGAAAGGACGUUGGAAGGGGAGAGAGAUGCAGCUGCUGGCUGGGAGUCUUAGAAUACGGACUUCUCAUUAGAACUGGUAUGGAAAAGCGGAAAUACUGUCCAUAAGCUGUUUUCUUAACUAUUUGCCGGCAAGACUGUAAGGGCAGGAAUUCAGUUUCGUCGGUGAAAAUGGAAUUCUCGUGUUCACUGAGACUCCUUGGUAGUUCCCUAGGGAUGUGGAAAAGAAGGGCAGAACUCGAAUUCAAGAUAGAACACUCUGUUUACAAUGUGAAAAUUUGCUUUUUAAAGAAAGAGAAGAGGACGACAUACGCGAAAUCCCUGUGCUUCGGUUUCAAUUGGGGGGGAGGGGUUGUUUUAAAAAGGCAAAGGAAGCACCACCCAUCUUAAGCCCGCGUGGGCAUAGGGCCUUGUCUUCCAAAUAUCACACAAUACUCUACCUCGGAAAGUACACAGCACCCCCUCUGACAAAGUGCAUUGUCCCGCAGGCAGUGUCUGUUUUUCUUGGUUUUUCCUCCUGGAAAAGUGGUUUCGAUAGGAAGGGGUCCUGGAGGCAAUCCUCAUCACCUUGCAGACCUCCUUUUUACGGGAAUAGGCACUCCUUGGCAUUGACUCCUUUCUAGAACAACUCCACAGCACAUUAGCCUUUUUUUUUUUUUCCUUUCGUGUGGUAGCUCAUUCAGGGGCAACAUAGGGCCCACUAAAAACAGCCCCAGAGGAAGAAGUCCCACCGUAGACAAGAUAGAAGGAGUCACCCAAUAGCUGUGAAGACUUUGUUAUUCCUGUUAAACUUCUCGGCUUGUCUGGGCUUCCCAGAAUAUCUUCACAGAUAAGCGUUCAUCUGUGGACUUCUGGGAGCCGGAGGGCUGAUAAAGGCUUGUAAAACAGGUUUUACGUAUCAAUUAGACAUUUUAGUAGCUGCUGUCCCUCCUGGCAGGCGAUGAGCGGAGGAGCUUUCUUUACUUUUAUGCCCAACACCAAAAUUUACUCAGCCCAAGCUAUAGGACUUCCUGCGAGGAUGACAAGAUAAAACCUAGAGUUCCGAUCCUAGGGAAGAGAAGUACUGUGUGUUCAUCCUAAACUUACUCCGUACCCCUGGGGAUCUUGCUAGGCAAAUGCCAGCAAGUGACCGUGUGGAAGACAGGACAUCUCAGGACUUCAUGAGUUCAUUGUCAAAUAUUCCUGGGAUGGGGUGGGGGAUGUUUUUGUUUUUUACUUUUUAUAGAACUUUGCUUUUCUACAACAAUGUACAUAUUUUGGCAGUUGUAUUUGCUUUGUGCUUUUUUUCCUCUUUUGCAAAUAAAGUUGCCACCCUGCAUGCCCUUGGCAAGUAAGUAAAGCAGAAAUUGGAACUUGUUCACGUUCACGGUAGAGAACAGUGUAUCCUUAGGGGGUGAACCUAGGGGUGACCUGGGGAGGGGACAGGUGGGUAAGCAAGGACAGAAACAAGGCCAGGCACCAGUUGGAGAUGCACAGCCCCUUGCUGCUUAUCCCUCAGGGCACAGCCCGGGUACCAGCAGGCUGAAGAGAAGUCAAUUCUCCAUCAACCCUUCUCACUUUGCCACGUCUGCGCCUACACACCGGGGUGUCUCCGUAUUUAUUUUCACUUCUGCCCCCUCUAUCCGAGGAAAACAUUAAAUUGCAUUUAAAUUCUCCCCCACUGAGAAGAAUUAAACAUUAAAAAAUAAGACCUUGUUGCGUAAGGUUGACCUUCCGGAACCCCUCUAAGACCCAAUGGGCUUUUUUGGUCUUCCCUCCCUGCUGAGUCCACGUCACACUGAGAACACAGGGCCUAGAUGGUGGAAUAAAAAAAAAAAAAAAAAAU